AUGCGCGAAUGGUUCAUGACACAAUACCUGGCGAGGGUGAAGGAUAUGAUGAAAAAGUUUGAUAGAUGCACGAUCAGCCAAAUUCCAAGGGACGAAAACAUGCGAGUAGAUGCCUUAUCGAGGUUCAGGUCGUUGGUGGAAGGAAUUAAGGAAAGGAAGAUCACCGUAUUGGUGAAGUCUCAACCAGUAAUAGAUGAUGCAGAGAUCCACGUGGUCGAGACGGCGGAUUCUUGGAAAACGCCUUUUGUUCGGUAUUUAAAGUAUGGGGAAUUACCUAGCGACGCGAUUGCUGCCAAGAGGUUGCAAUUUAAAGCUAAUUGCUUUACUUUGGUCGGAGAUGACUUAUACAAGAGAACUACAGAAGGUAUUGUACUGAAGUGUUUAGAUGCAGAGAGGUCGCAGUAUGUUAUGAAGGAAAUACAUGAGGGCAGUUGUGGAAAUCAUUCGGGAGGAAGAUCGUUGGCCCAGAAGAUCCUUAGGCAAGGCUAUUUGAUGGUAGAAGAUGCGAAGGAAUUUGCUAGGAAAUCGGUGGCGCAGAAAAAAUUUCUGAUUGUGGCGGUCGAAUAUUUUUCCAAGUGGGUUGAGGCUGAAGCUUUGGAAAAGAUCUUUGAGAAAGAGGAACUAAAAAUCCAGCAGAACUUUACGGCGGUCGGGAAUCCACAAGUGAACGGGCAAGCCGAGGUCACGAACCGAACUUUGUUGCAAUAUUUAAAGACUCGGUUGGAAGGAGCAAAAGGGGCAUGGGUCGAAGAACUGCCUGGAGUACUUUGGGUAACGACCCCGCAAACUGCCACAGGUGAGACCCCUUUCUGUUUGGUAUAUGGCAGUGAAGCUAUCAUACCCGCGGAGAUUGGUGAAGAAACAGCUCGAGUCACCCAAUAUGAAGCGGAAGGAAAUUCUCAGGAGCGGUCAUUUGACCUGACAGUGAUCGAAGAAGGAAGAGAUCGUGCGUAUGUGAAGAUCUUGCGAUAUAAAAGCAUGAUGACCAGAAAUUAUAAUCGAAGAGUGCGACCGAGGAGUUUUCCAGUCGGCGACCUUGUCUUGAAGAAAGUCGAAGUGUCGAAGCAUGUUGGGAAGCUCGAUCCGACAUGGGAAGACCCGUAUAAGGUAGUGGAGAUUCGACGAAAAGGGACAUACAUCUUACAAGAUUUAGAGGGGAAGAAUUUGCAAAACGACCUUGGAACGUGCAUAACUUGA